CCUCUCGAUGCAAUUGUGAUCUACCUGCCAUGCGCUACCGGUGUCGUCCACGCUGCCGCUGUCUCCCACCGGCAGACCCUUCCUCUGUCCCUAGUACUUCAAUGCCUGAUCGGAUGGCUCCCGAUAUCGGUGCUCCAGACGAGCUUCGCAAACACCAUCAACGAUAUCCUCGACCAAGAUCUGGACCGGAAGGUGUCUCGGUGCCGGAAUCGGCCUCUGGCCCGGGGAGCUCUGUCCACGACCCAAGCCAGUCUCUUCGCUGCGAUCCAAGCGGUAACGCUCGUUCUUCUCUCCAUAUGGGCUCUUCCCCGCGCCUCUCGCAUCUAUCCCAUCGCCACUGUUGUCAGCAGCUGUAUCUACCCCUUUGGGAAGCGCAUCACCAACUAUCCGCAGGCCAUUCUCGGGGCCGUGUUCGCCGCAGGCUUUCUCUGGGGGUACGAGUCCACUGGGCUGCGCCUGGCAUCCCAGGCUCCGAUGGUGAAGAUCUCCGCGGGCAGCAUGAUGGGUGUCCUGUGCUUGUGGGUCGUGAUGCUCGACGUGAUCUACGCAUUUCAGGACGUCGCGGAUGACCCCCGCGCCGGGGUGCGGAGCAUGAGCGUGCGAUUCCAGAACUCGAGUUGA